AUGAGUGAAUGUUUGAAACAUCAAGAAACAGAUAAAGAAUGCAUGGAAUAUGCAAUUAUUUCACAUAACAUUGAUUUUAUAACAUUCUUAAUGAAUGAGUACGGUAUAAGUAUCGACUUAUAUGCUUGCGCAAAUUAUAAUAAUCUUGAUUCAUUUUUAGUUUUUUACGAUCAAUCGAAUAAUUUAAUCAGCUGCUUGAUUUCUUCACCGAUGUUUAAUAUUACAUCCCUUGAUAAAUAUUUCCUUUCAUUAGGUGUAUAUGUCAAUAAAAAGCUUUUAGAUGGAAAAACUGCUCUUCAUAUUGCAGCACUUUAUAAUAAUAAAGAAACAGCCGAACUUCUUAUUUCACAUAGUAUAUAUAUCAACGAAAAAGAUAAAGAUAGAGAAACCGCUCUUCAUAAUAAAGCAGCAAUUUCUAAUAGUAAAGAAACAGCUGAACUUCUUAUUUCAAAUGGUGCAAAUAUCUAUGAAAAAGAUAAAAGAGGAAGAACAGCUCUUCAUAUUGCAGUAGAAAAUAAUAGGAAAGAAACAGUCAAACUUCUUCUUUCGCAUGGUGCAAAUAUCAAUACAAAAGAUAAAGUUGGGAAAACCGCUCUUCAUUAUGCAACAUGGAAUAAUUAUAAAGAAAUAGCCGAACUUCUUAUUUUACAUGGUGCAAAAAAUAAAUGUUUUAACAUAUAA